UUCAGUUCACUUUCGUGUGCAAUUCACUUCAGUAGCUUACUUUAUAAAAUUUCUCUGGAUUUUGAUACAUCUUCUUAUUUAAGGUUAAUCAAACGUUAUUUAUAGAUUCAAUUCGACGCGAGUUAAUGGAUUGUAGUUUACAGUAUCUAAAUUUAGGUCAUCAAGAAUUUCUAAUCUGCCCUAAGAAUAAGAAAGAGAAGCAAGAGCAAAUCUAAGCAAGGGAAUGAAAUACAUGAAGUAUCACCAGCUUCUGGUACUCCAUCACCAGGAUCAGCCAUGCAACCAAAGAAGAAGAAUGCAACGGAUGCACAGCUCUCUGGGGAGAAAUUUGGUUCAACAACAGUUAAAGCAAACAACUUAAGCCAUGGGAGGCAGAUUUCUCCCUUUGUGUUUUAUGGGUCUCCACAUGGUGUUCCUCCAAAAAGGCCAAUCAGUUUGUUGCGACUGCUACGUGAAAUACGUAUCGAUCUUGCGGAACAACAAAAAUCAAACUUGAGGACGGAAGUAUGGGCUACAUUUCCAAGGCAGAAUGAAGCGAUGAACUUUGCAAAAGAGCACGGGAAUGUGUGUGUCUUUAGUUAUCAAGAUCACCAUAACGGACAAAGAAGGUUCCUUGUUUCCACAUACAAGGAGUUCUGGAGGAGGUACAAAAGCAUGGAUUCCAAAUUUCGCCACCAUUAUGAAGUGAUUCAGGAGGGUUUACCAUGCCACCUGUAUUUUGAUUUGGAGUUCAGCAAAAGAGAAAAUGCAGAAAGACAUGGAGAUGAAAUGGUUGAUCUCUUGACAUCAGUCAUUCUAGAAGCAUUACUUGAAAAAUAUUCUAUUCAAGGAAACCUUGAGUGGAUAGUGGAGCUCGAUUCCUCCACUGCAGAAAAGUUCUCACGCCACUUGAUCAUCCGCAUACCAAAGGCUGCUUUUAAGGACAACUCUCAUGCUGGUGCAUUUGUUUCAGAGAUAUGCUCUCGGAUCUCAAGUGCGAGGGAGAGAGAUGAUGGAUAUGAAAAACUAUUUGUAAGAAAAGAUUCAACUUCUGAAUCUCCAAGCCAACUUUUUGUAGACACUGCUGUCUAUUCUAGAAAUCGUGUCUUUCGUUUAGCUUUGUCAUCCAAGGCAGGAAAGAGUGCAGUCCUUCUACCAACUGGGCGCUUCAAAUGUAAGGACAUGUGUGAAGAAGACAUGUUCAUGGCUUCCUUGAUCUGCAAUAUGGAUGCUGAUUGUGAGAAGCUUUUAGUCUGCAAAAUGGACUUAGAUUGUGUGAAGACCCUCCAUUUUGAUACAGAGACAAAUCAUUGUUCUAGAAGGUUCAAUACCUCUCGAGGAAAUGAUGCAUCAACAACAUACACAACUGGAAAGUCGCCAUUCCCGUAUUUGGACAAUUUUGUAGAAUCUAUUGCCUCCAUUGGAAGUGUAUCAGGGAAAAUCCGAAGCUGGUAUUGGUUUUCAGAGUAUGGAUUGACGGUCUAUAGCAUGUCAAGAAAUAGAUAUUGUGAACGAAUUGGUAGACAGCAUAAAAGCAAUCACGUUAUAUAUGUUGUUGACCUGAGAAGGGCCAUUUAUUAUCAGAAAUGUCACGAUCCAGAUUGCCAAGGUUACCGAUCUCCCUUACGACCGAUCCCGAUAAAUUUGAUCCCUGAUCCUUCAUUUUCCUAUGACCCAGUGCAAGUGGUACAUCAUAUGGGAUUAUCAAAUGAUAACCUUGAGUAUCAAUCUGUUAACAACAAUUGUGGAGGUGUUCUGCUUUACAAUGAUGACCAUGAUACAGACAACUUCACUAAAGAUUCUUGGUGGCUUGAAGCUGUAAAAGUUGCCGAUGAUAUAGAAAGCAAGCGGAAAACAGUGGAGCUUAGCACCGUGAACAACAUUGAUGAAGAUGACAACUGGUGGAUAGCUGUGGAAAGGACUGCUUCCCAAGCUGAGCUGAUGCACUUUUAACAGCCAGCAGCUCAGCUUGAGCACUGGGGAAGACUCAUCCAGCUUUAAUUUUGCAAAUGUGUAGAUUGCCUCUUACUGAAUCUAUCAUGCAUCUAUACCGUGUACUUGGUUGCUAAUAAGUAUACCAUCGGAGGCCAUAUCUCUCAACAUCCAUUUCAGCAACCCUCCGUUAAUUUUGUAAAUAUAAAUGUAUCAUAUACUGUUUUACACGUUUAUGAUCACAACAAUUCUACCUCGCA